UCUCAAUUCUCUCGCUACCCGAUAACUCGCGACUUCACGUUAUGUGAGCUGCUUGUAUAGAUCUAGAUACGCAGAAUGGACGUCUGGACUGGCGCGAUCGCCUUAGAGGGCGGAGCACAACUCCACGGUCUACGAUUAGUCGAUAGAUCAUCCAGCUGUCAAUCUGAUCUAUCAACAGAAUCAUGUCUCAGCUUGCGCUGCUUCGUCAAUCCGGCGCUUAUACCUCUCCACGCGCGAUCUGGUCCGAACCUUGAACUCCAUGCGGGGAACCCGGAGACUACAACAUGGCUCAAGGACAAGUUGACGAGUACGAUUUGGCUGGAAGAAGACGAACUUGACCGGCUGCAAAUAUUCCAGUGCCCGGUUGGUCUGCUUGUUCGUGUCGACAACGGCGCAUCAGCCAAGGUCACCAGCACCGGCACAACCGACCUAUUGAUCCACGGCGUCCUCUCAACGACAACCUCCUCCGAAAGGCCUCCCACCCCACCUGAAUCGUCAUCACCAGAUCUGGAAGUCCAGGUUCUACCCGUCAUCAAACAAGAACUCAGAAUCUACGCUACCCCCAUAUCUGCAUCGCUAAUCACCCGAGCACAAUCCGCAUCCGCACCUCCCAACACCGACGACUCCAUACACGAUGACGAGUCCGCUUACUUUCUUCCGGCCAUCUACUCUCCAAGCCCUAAACGCAAACGAGUUGCCACACUCUUCGAUUCCGUCACACAGCAUCAUAGAAGAGUCCGGCAGAAGGGCGGUGAAGCGGUGUCGCAGUUAAUGGCGCACUCACUCUCGCACGCCUCCCAACAGCAACUACAAGCGCUACGGAUCAAGCGCGAAUCCGAGGAACCUUCUCUUCCUCAGAUCGAACGCAUUGCAUCGCAGCGAGCACGGUCCCUUUCCAUCGGAGGGAGCAUUGCAGGGAAGGCGCUUGAGUCUCGAUUCGAUACCUCUCGACCCAGCAGCAGACGGGGCCAUCUGCGGGAUCUGGGCUCUCGGAAAGGUACGCCCAAUCCGUUCAUCGACUCCGCCACCACUACUACUUCAACUACAUUCAUCAAACGAGACUGUGGAUCGUCACCCUCUUUUACCCCAGGAGGCAAAGUUGAACAUCCGACGACACCGAAAGACGUGGGGACAAUCAUUGCCGAGAAUAAGAACACAAUCACGCGGACGAUUCUGACCUGCAUGCGGCUUUAUGGCUUCAACCGUCCCACAGCGACACGCACGGGAGGUUCCAGUAGACCGCAAACCGGGACCGGACCGGGUUAUCAGGACGAGACGCCGGAGGAGAAAGAGCCGCGCAUCAUGGCAGAUGCCGGGUCGAAUACAGAUGAAGAUGAAUUCAAGGCCAUGUACCACGCGACCUAUCGCGCGUCAACGUUCGCGUUGCGGAAGUAUCUGAAGGAGACGGCGGCUGCAGAUGAAUGUGGGCUGAUGGGGUCGCCACCAUUGUUGGAGAAGGCGAAGGCAAUGACGUGCAUUGACGAAUUCUUGAGACUGUUCUGUGAGGAGAACUAAGCCUGGCUGGUACAGGUGAUGAAUAAUGAGUUAUGAUAAAUACAUAGUAAGCAUCUUGGGUUGGUAGGGUCAAGGUGUUCGAGGGUGUAAUCAAGUUCGCGUGAACCUGGGGAUCACUUUAG